CCACCGCCCGCCUCCGCCGCCACAGGCCCCGCGCCCUCCCCUUCCUCCCCCCGCCCCGCAGGGACCUUUUAAGAGGAGGGGGCAGAGGCUGGAGGGCUUGGCCGGGGGACGGGGCUGCUCCUGAGAGAGCUGUCGGGUUGAAUCGGACGGCCAAAACAAAAACGUAACAGGGAGCAGGAAGAAAAAAAAAAAAAAGGCAAAAGACGUCAAAAAAAAAAAAAAAGAAAGAAAGAAAGAAAAUAAAUAAGUAAAACGGGAGGUGCGGAAGCACGGAAAGGUGGUGGGGGGACAAAACAGAAACCGCAGGGGGACGCGGUGCGCAGCGCGGCGAUGGUGCGCCCCGGCGGGCUGUGCCGCCUGCCGCUGCUGCUGCUGCUGCUGCUGCUGCUGCUGCUGCAGGGCUCCCUCCUCCUGCUGGCCACAGCCCGGCACGGCCGCGCCGCCGCCUGCCCGCUCCGCAGAAAGCAAAAUGAGCUGAACUCCUUCCUGUGGACAAUCAAGAGAGAUCCCCCAUCUUAUUUCUUUGGCACCAUCCAUGUCCCAUACACGCGUGUCUGGGAUUUUAUCCCAGAGAACUCCAAGAAAGCCUUCCAGCAGAGCCACAUCGUGUACUUUGAGCUGGAUCUCACUGACCCCUACACCAUCUCAGCUCUCACCAGCUGCCAACUCCUCCCGCAGGGGAAGAACCUCCAAGAUGUGUUGCCCCGAGACAUCUACCGCCGGCUGAAGCGGCACCUGGAGUAUGUCAAGCUGAUGAUGCCAUCCUGGAUGACCCCAGACCAACGGGGCAAAGGGCUGUAUGCAGACUACCUCUUCAAUGCCAUUGCUGGCAACUGGGAGCAGAAGAGGCCAGUCUGGGUGAUGCUGAUGGUGAACUCCCUGACAGAGGUAGACAUCAAGUCACGAGGUGUGCCUGUUCUGGAUCUGUUCCUUGCCCAGGAAGCAGAGCGGCUGAGGAAGCAAACGGGCGCUGUGGAGAAAGUAGAAGAGCAAUGCCACCCGCUCAAUGGGCUGAACUUCUCCCAGGUGGUCUUUGCUUUGAAUCAGACUCUCUUGCAGCAGGAGAGCCUCCGAGCAGGCAGUUUCCAGAUCCCCUAUACAACAGAAGACCUUAUCAAGCAUUACAACUGUGGGGACCUCAGCUCCAUCAUCUUCAACCAUGACACUUCUCAAGUCCCAAAUUUCAUUAAUGCUACACUUCCAGCCCAUGAACGCAUUACUGCCCAAGAAAUAGACAGCUACUUCCGGCAGGAGCUCAUCUACAAACGCAAUGAGAGAAUGGGCAGGAGGGUGAAGGACCUGCUAGAAGAGCACCCAGACAAGAGUUUCUUCUUUGCAUUUGGAGCUGGUCACUUCAUGGGCAACAACACAGUGAUUGAUGUUUUAAGGAGAGAAGGGUACGAGGUAGAACACACUCCAGCUGGACAAGCCAUCAACAACCGAAAAUCUCCCAAAACCUUGUUAGCCUUUUCAUCAUCACACAGUCCCUAUGUCAUGUCCCAUGAGCUCCCAGUGCACCCCGAGAAAGAGGAGGAAGAGGAGGAGGAAGAGUUCCUGCCUCACCUGCUAUUCCCUGACAGCACUGAUGUGCUCAUGAAAGUAGACAGGAAGUACAAAAAGAAGAAGAAAAAGCAGCAGAAGAAGCAAAAACUGCGACAAUUUAAUGACCUCUGGGUUCGCCUAGAAGAAAGUGCUACUGAUCCUCCUCCGCGGAUCCGCAUCAUUAAUGGCUACAUCACGGUCGAGCCCCAGCCCCGGGGCCAUGGGCGCUCCAGCCACACUCACGCAGACACCAGCAGUGCUCACCAGAUUUCCCAUUCUCUCUUCCUUCCACUACUGAGUUUGACUUUGCAUAAGAUAAUGCUUCACUGAAACACAGGAGGACCCAAGCUGCAAGACUCUUGCCUUAAAAAUCAAAAAAGAAACUUACGCAAAAAAGAAACUUAUGCAAAAAAGAAAUAGAAGACUGUGAGUGGGACACCCAUUCUUUGGGGUGUUCUUAAACUGCCUCCUUUUCCUGAGUCCGGAUCAUUAACUCUAUUAACUGGUUUGACCUUCCCAAUAGAGGAGAAGAUAUUUUAAUGAAAGUGUUAUUUAUCCUUCUCUUGCAGAAGAAUGAUUUCAUGUUAUCCCAUAAUACUUUGGGGAGAUUAUAAUGCCGCUAUAACAUAGCUGUUGUUUAGCUGUUCGAGCCAAAUUAAAGUACAUAUUUUCCACCUUGAAUGCUUUGUAAAAAGAUUUACAUACCACUGACUUGUCUAUUAGAGCAGAAUAUUUUGAUCACAUGAGCACAGCUGGGAAAGAGAGUCGGUACUUUAUGUCUCUACUGGUAAUACUUUCAAUUGUUGCUUGCUAGGACUCCAGAUUGCAUAUAGAGGUUCAUGGCAACACCUGCAGUAGAAUAAACCAGUGAACACUUGUGAACAGAAUGUGUCUGCAGUC